UCUUGUCAGCAAAAGAACAACUGGAAAGGGUACCUCAAACUCUACAGUUUUUUCAGCUUUCUACCAAUUUGCAUGUCUUGCAGACAUAUUUAGCUUUUAAAACAUGGAUGAGAUACUCGUGUGUAUAACACAGUCUGGAUUCUUUCACAGAUUUUCAAUCAAAUAGUGGAAUAGAACGUUUUACAUAUCAUCAAAACAACGCGGAAAGCUGAGUUAACAAGAUGCCGAAAUCGUGUUUCUGGGGAAUAUAUCGUUCUGGUCAGUUAUUUUACUUCACUCUUGAUGGCAUGGAAUGGCGGAGUGAGAAGCCAAAUGUGUCUAAGCAAAGUUUUAAAAAGAUAUCUGCUCUGGAUUAUUGCGCCUGGGGUUUGGGGGCAGAUCAAAGGCUCUACGUGUGUUUGUUCAAAACUGACAUUCCAGUUCGUGUUCAGGUAUCAACAUAUGAAAAUCAGAGGUGGUCUUUGACGAAGCGUUGUUGGUCACAAAAGUCACUGAUUGUAACAGAUCGCCCAGCUUGGAGCUCUGAAGAUGGAACUAAGAAUACUCCCAAAGAAUCUUUUGAAGUAGAAGCCCAUUGGCAGUGGGAAAAUGAUUGGUUUAAAGAUCAGUCAAAUGAGUUUGAUACUGAGACUUUGAUGGCACGGAAAACCUAUUCUCAGAUGGAACACCAUAUUUUGAUGAAUAGGCUUGUGUCUUCGGAGGCAAAACAACAAAUUACGAGCAAAACAAAAGGGAAAAACUUUGCUGUGGCAUCCAAAACAAACAAAGGCCUUGGCCUGGAACUCAGUCAGUUUUUUGCUGGAUCCGCCCCUGUCUUACUGCCUGUUUAUAUGCCGAAAUCGUGUUUCUGGGGAAUAUAUCGUUCUGGUCAGUUAUUUUACUUCACUCUUGAUGGCAUGGAAUGGCGGAGUGAGAAGCCAAAUGUGUCUAAGCAAAGUUUUAAAAAGAUAUCUGCUCUGGAUUAUUGCGCCUGGGGUUUGGGGGCAGAUCAAAGGCUCUACGUGUGUUUGUUCAAAACUGACAUUCCAGUUCGUGUUCAGGUAUCAACAUAUGAAAAUCAGAGGUGGUCUUUGACGAAGCGUUGUUGGUCACAAAAGUCACUGAUUGUAACAGAUCGCCCAGCUUGGAGCUCUGAAGAUGGAACUAAGAAUACUCCCAAAGAAUCUUUUGAAGUAGAAGCCCAUUGGCAGUGGGAAAAUGAUUGGUUUAAAGAUCAGUCAAAUGAGUUUGAUACUGAGGGCUGGCAAUAUGCUAUUGAUUUUCCACGAACCUUUAGUAAAAACAGAGGGAAGUUUUCAUUUGUUCGAAGGUGUAAAUGGUCAAGGUACAAAUGUUUCAAAGACUUUGGAAAGUGGAUACGUGUCCAUUGGAAAGAAGAUAAAAAGGAUCCAUUUCAAGAUGUUGCAAUUGGAGGGUCACACCUACCGCGUCAAAUGCCUGGUUACCUAGCAGUCUGGGCAUUGACGUUUUGUGGAAAGGUACUUUACCGUGAAGGUAUAUCACAGAGCUGUCCAGAGGGAACCGGCUGGGUACGUUUAAACAGUUCUGAAGACUUGAAUCUCGUACAGAUCUCUGUUGGUCCUUCGGGACUGUUAUGGGCUGUCCAGUGGGAUGGUACGGCUCUUGCCAGAAUUGGAAUAUCACAACAAAACCCCACGGGGGAAGGUUGGAAGGAGAUCAAAGAUUCAACUAAUGGCUUAACUAACUCGGGGUUUCUGCAAGUUUCGGUCGGAACGAACGCCGUUUGGGCUUUAGGACGAAACCGUAAGGUGUAUUACCGUAAAGGAAUUGACACUUCGAAAGCAUAUACCGAUCAUAAGUUUGCUUGUGGGAGUGGUUGGGUCGAAAUGUUUGGAGAGUUCAGCUUGGUAUCUGUCGGACCGAAUGACCAGGUCUGGACAAUCGACAAAGGGGGCAGUGUUGUUAUCCGGACAGAUGUCACUCCACUUGAACCUGCCGGGAAAAAAUGGAAACUGCUUAUGUCAGCUCCCGGUUUAUCAGAUGCUCCUGUUGGCAUUCGAAGUGAUGGUCUUAGCCAUUGGAUCUGGAUCAGCAGCGGUGGCUGCAAUGUUGAUGCAACAUUUUUCAAAAAGAUAGAGGGAAACUUGCAUUCCGCAAGGAGCAGCUGCGCCAGUCUAGGCUCGGUGAAAACGCGAAUAUCGAAAGAGCCAUGGAGGCUGAAAGUACUGGAUCUUCUCAAGCGAAGAAACGAGGACGUUAUGUCCAGAUACCGUACAUUCGAUGGCACGAGGAGCGAUGAAAGCUAUUCCCAGUGGAGCAAAACUGCAAGCUGCUUCCUGCUUACUGACAGAGUUUUGAACAUGUGGUGCGAAUGCCACAUCAAAAUUUUUACAGAUGAAGAAAGCAAUGUAUCAGUUCUUAUUUACUAUUCAAACGGGGAGCACUUCAAAGAAACCCGAAUCCCACUGAACGAAGUAUCUGCUGUUAAUCUAACAAAGAUCCCUUCUCAUCCAAACACUUUCGUUAUCAACACGUUAGAGCGAACAUAUCGUCGAACGCCUUUGAUCAUAUCAAUGGAAAGUGAAAAGGAAGUUAAUGAAUGGAUUGUGUUGAUAACAGUCGAAGCGGCGAAAGUUCGCCUGAUCCAGACUUCAAGAAAACCAACUAAACAUUCGGUUUGGGCCACCAGUGUCUGUGGUGAUGUCUUCUACUGCCCGCAAACGACCCUAGAGGGUGUUGCGUUGGAUAGAAUGUUCUGGCUGCAGGUUGGUGGCCACAUGAAGUCGGUGACUGCAGGGGUUGAUGGAAUCGUUUGGGCAAUAGGAUACGAUGGAAAGGCGUAUGCGUAUUCUGGGGGCGAGGGAGGAGGUAUUCUGCAAGGAUCAGAUUUCUCUGAUGAGAACAUGUACGAACAGGAAGACACGGAAGAUGUUUUUAUUUAUGAGAAUCAGCGAUGGAAUCCGAUUCAAGGAUUUUCAGAUACGCUUUUACCAAGCGAUCGUUGGGCCUGGAGUGAUGAAAGUGGCAUGUAUCAUUGUCCUAAAGAUGGGUACCGAUUGCCAUCGUCGCAAUGGAAAUGGGAAGGUGGUUGGAGCUUUGUUUAUGCUAAAGGAGAAACUGACGAACAAGGAUGGCAGUAUGCAAUGGAUUUCCCAAGGAGAUACCAUUCCUAUAAAGGGGUCAAAGACUACGUGAGAAGACGGAAAUGGCAAAGGAAGUGCAAGCUAAAAACCACUGGGCCAUGGAUACUGGUUGAAUCAGAUAUUCGUUUAGUGGAUGUUGCUAUUCAGACUGAUCCUGGCGAUACAGUGGCAUACUGCGUUGGUGUUUGGGCCGUCAGUACCAACGGAGAUGUGUAUUAUAGAGACUCUGUCUUUGCAACUCAGCCAACGGGCCACUCCUGGAGGCGAAUCCCGACCAACGUAAAAUUCGUCAGUAUAUCUGUUGGAUCAAACAAGAAAGUGUGGGGAAUAGCUGAAGAUGGAGUUACCUAUCUGAGAGGCGGGUUUGGAAAGGAUGCUCAAGUAGGCACACAGUGGUUCACAUGCUAUUGUACUGAAAAGAUCCCACUUCGCAAGAUUUCGGUUGGGACCGAUGCAGUUCUGGCUUUGGAUGAUAAAGGUAAGUUAUGGCGACGGAAAGGAAUAACAGCUACCUUUCCUGAAGGUACAGAAUGGAUUGAGUGCAUGGACAGAUUUCAAGAUGUUUCUAUUGGAUAUAGAAAUAAUACAUGGAUUGUUCGAAACAAAGAUAUCGAGAUAUGCAUUAAGAAAGAUCAUGAGAAUCCAGCAGAAUCUGGUGUGAUAUGUGUUUUAUCCGGAGACUGGAACACAGUUUGCGUGCGUGGCUGUACUCCUGAAGUCGACGAAGCCGAAGAAUGCGUGGAAAGUCGCCCCAUCUUAAAUCAGGAGCAGCCACUGAUGCCCCUGCUGCAGCAGCUACCAUUGUCAACAAACAGCCUAAAUGGAGAAGUAUCCAUCUUUGAUUUGUAUAAACAGCCUGACGAAUCUGACGAUGACAGUGAUGAUUUUGGCCUAGAUGACGAUUCUCUACCGGGAUAGUAGUUUUUGUCCAUUAUACCGACAAGUUACAAACGUCAUUUAAAUCUUGGUAAUUUUGCUAAAUGUAUUUUGUAACUUUACAGUUAUUUUCCUACUCUGUUCAUAAUGCUUAUCUAAAUGGGGGAGCUUGGCGGGGCCAUCUCUUCCAUGAUUUUCGGCAGCAUCGAUUUUGUAAUUCGGGCAAGUUAAAAAAAAAUAUUUGACGAGAAAUAAUAUUUGGCGAUAUACAAUGUUGCUUGUAAACUGUAUUAGAAAUUAGCCGCAAUUUUGAAAAAUGUUCGAAAAUAUUGUAAAUAUUUUACAACGCUGUCAAUUUGUUCAUUGUUCCUAAUAAAUCGCGCUAAAAUUGGCAAAACGAAAUUAGCCUUUGGUUCUUUCUACGCGCAUUGAAGGCUUACUCACUUAAAACAGCUUUCAUUGAAGAGUUGGUAGAAGGCGUUCUGUUUACGACAAAAAUACAUGGAUAUUCAUUAAAUAUACUAGAUGCGUGUCGUACAAUGUAGUGUUAUGAUUAAUACAGAGAGUUCACUAAUUUUGAAGUAGAAUAGAAAUAUAGUGUAGAGUUUCGUAUUUAGCAUAUUUUGCUUCGAAACGCUAAUGAAGUCCAAGACACAAGAAGCAGUCCAUAAUUUUCAUCUGGCUGAUAUCUUCUGAAAAGAAAGGCCUCAUAAAAUAUAAAAGGACACUAAACCCUAGUUCAGUGUAUUUAGUUUUUGUAACUACACCUGCAGUCGAAGAUGUUGCUUCAGCUGGAAAGUAUUGAUUGUGACUAAGGCUGACCCAUUUUGGUACAGUGAUUGAUGAGCUAUCAUGAGUGGCAGUUACAAAAUAGCCAAUUUUAUUGACUGGCAUUUGAACAUUCAGUAAGAUGUUCUAUUGGAUGAUCGCCGUGUAAAGUUAAAAAAUGACAAAGGAUGAUGUUGGGCCUUCAAUUCCGUGAAGUAAAAUGUUCGUUUAGUUAUUAAUGUUAAUCAACUCAUUUAGACCACUCUAUAUGCUCAAUUUCGUAGCGUUUUCUCUACUACUGAAAAUCGACUUCCCUGUCCAUCCUCAAUAUUUAAACCAAAUAGUUUGGAUUAACAAAAGUUGCAAUUUCGAGCGAUUCCCUUUUCAACGAGAGCAUAUGUAGGUAUACCCUGGGUACCAGACUCACUAUAUAUAAAAUAAUAUAUAUAAAAUAAUAUAUAGUGAGUCUGGUACCCAGGGUAAUGUAGGUACUUCUGUUGCUCCUCUUUCUUUAUUUUUUCAAAUUUUCUAAUCUUUAGCAAUAUCUGGUAGUGAAGCUGAUUAUGGAACUUUGGUGAAAUUAUCCUCCCAAUUUGCUGUAAGAUUUCCCGUUUGCCUGUCCAGCUUAAUUCCUAGCCUUGCAAUUUACAUAAUCCUUACAAAAAAUUCCACAUUGUUAGACAUUAAAAAUUUAUUUAAACGCACACAGUAUUUCCUGAAAUCAAAAUUUUGUGGAACAUUCUCGAAACGAAUUUCUUCUUAGCACUUUGUCAAUCGGCCUUGGCUUUUUAUGCGAUUUUAUGAUCGUAAUUUUCAACGAUAUUCCUUAACUGUUUAGUUACGGAAUAGAAUUGGUAAAUUUUUUAUCUGUGAUGCGAUUCGGUAUGGUUGCUCAAACGGAAUGAUUUUGUAUUGUGGUUCAAAUAGUCUUGUCCAUUAAACACAGUAACAGUUCAUUUUUAUUCAGCAUAUGGUUAGAGCAGGGCGCGCGCCACAGGGUGGCCAGGGGGCCAUGGCCUCCCCACUUUUUCGCUAAAUAAAAGACUAAAUUCAGCUUAAAUGUAUUUAUAGAGGCAAACCUUUAGAUUGCAACGAAUACAUUGAACCAAAACCAGCCCACACAUUGAACCAAAACCAGCCCACAAGAAAAUCAACGUCAGCAAAAUGAUUGAGGCGAAAGCAGAGAAGAGCAACUUUUCUUUCGAUUACUGGCCCCUCCAGUUUAGGAUCAAUGGCGCGGGCCCUGCAGAAGGCUAUGUUUCAGUCACUUUCGUACUGCACGCUAAAAAUGCAAAAUUCUGUAUUUUCAGGGCUAAAUGUACUUUGUAAACCUGAUGUGUCAUUGCUAAAAUCAUAUCGUUAUGGAAAAUGGGUUUUGGCUCAUUGGAUAUUUUUAUAUCGUUGUUGUUACACUAACAGUUUAAGAUAGUAAUUCAAAGUAAUUCUACGAGAUUUUUAUUAGAAUGUUCUUUCAGGCAACACACAGUUUCAAAUAGUUUUUGUGUUAUUGUAUCAUUUUUCUAUUAUCCCGAUAAAAUCAUAUAGCUAACUAACGAGCUGUCUAGCAAACGGCUCAUAUAGCUUAUGAGAAGAGAUAAUAUUGAAGUACCGCAAAGUUCUGUCUUAUGACCCUUGUUACUUAACAUCUAUACCUUUCUAAAGUUAUCAAAGGAGAUGAAAUUUGCUACUUUGCAGAGGAUUCAACUUCGUAUACGUGUGAUCUGAUGAGAAAAAUUUGCUUGACAGAGUAGAGUCAAACGCUGCCAGUUUCGGAACUUGGAUCACAAGCACUCAAGUGAAAUUAAAUGAAGGAAAUACACUAUCUGGAUUUUGGCAAAAAUAGAGGAAAUUUCAAGGGGAAAUUAAAAACGAGUUGAUAGAAGAAUUCAAUCAAAGAAAAUUAUUAGCAUGUAUGGUUGUAAAAUAUUUCAUUUUAAAACCCAAUUUUUAUUCUCUUUGCAAAACGAUACUGAAUGGACCAAGUUUAAACUAAAUGUUAACUAUACUUUUACUAGCCUGGAUGAUUGAUGUU